AUGAUCAGGCGAAAUUGGAGCUUGGCUGAUGAUGUUAGAAAGAACGAGAAGAGGCGACAGCAAAAGGUCCAAGAGAGACAGAAAUUUCAAUUCAAGAAUGACAAAUUAUCAAAGGUAGACCCAGUACGGCUAUACAGACAAAUUCAAAGAUUAGAAGCUAAUGGAGAUGACUCAGAAGCUCAAAAGAAAUACCUUAAGAAUUUGAAAUCUGAUUGGGAGUUUAUUAUUGAACAUAAUAUGCAUAAAGAGAUCGUGGAGCCAUUCUUAAAGAAAGUUGAACAAGAAGAGAAGAAAUCGUUACAGGAAAAGAGAAAGCUCUGGGGAAGACAAUCGAUAUAUUUUAAUCCUGAAUUAAAUCCUUUAGGAAAAGUACCCAAUCACUUAUCAGAUUUGCUUAGACCAUUGCCCAAUCUAACAAAGCCUUUGAAGGUAAAAGAAGGUUAUAAAAUAGAUCCGCUAAUCGAUGAGCUAGGAGUCGUCCUUCCCGAAGGAGAUCCACCUAAGUUUUAUAAGAUGGUCCAAAAUACUGAAAAACCUACUUACGAGGAUACCAUAAAGGUUUCAAAGAAACAGACUCCUAGUAAUGCUCCUGGCGUACAAAACAAGAAAAGAAAGGUCGGUUGA